CAGUGGGCAAACUUCGCCGGAAGGGCUCACCAAUUAGCUCCCACGUCCCGCCCACUGGGGGAGGCAGCCCCGGAGGCGUUGGGAGCAGUGGGAACCUUGCCUGUUACUACAGUUCGCCUCUUGGGGGAGGAUGGCUGGAUCCAGUGCCUGAAAUGAGAGCGCUUAGAGAUCGGGAAAGAAGCCUAGUUAGGGCGGACAAGCCCCGCCUGACUCCCGGCAAUGACUCUGCUUCCUUUCUCUUGUCGUUUCACUGUAGCCCCAGACUUGGACCUCGGAGGAGGGCAGCCAGUCUGCCAGAGAGGAACUCAGAGGCCUUGUUAUAAAGUCAUUUACUUCUAUGAUGCUUCUCGAAGACUGAACUUUGAAGAAGCCAGAGCAGCCUGCAGGAGGGAUGGGGGCCAGCUAGUCAGCAUCGAGUCUGAAGAUGAACAGAGACUGAUACAAAAGUUCAUCGAAAACCUCUUGGCUUUUGAUGGUGAUUUCUGGAUUGGGCUCAGGAGGCGUGAGGAGAAGCAAAGCAACAGCACACCCUGCCAGGACCUUUAUGCUUGGACUGAUGGCAGCACAUCAAAAUUUAGGAACUGGUACAUGGAUGAGCCAUCCUGUGGCAGCGAGGUCUGUGUGGUCAUGUACCAUCAACCGUCAGCACCUGCCGGCAUCGGGGGCCCCUACAUGUUCCAGUGGAAUGAUGACCAAUGCGACAUGAAGAACAAUUUCAUUUGCAAAUAUUCCAACGAGAAACCAACAGCUCCUUCUACAAGGCCUAGAGGUGACAGAACAGAGCCAGCAACCCAGCAAUCCGUAAUUCCAGAAGACACACAGAGAGAAGAUGCCAAAGAAACAUUUAAAGAAAGCAAAGAAGCUGCCUGGAAUCUUGUCUACAUCCUAAUCCCCAGUGUCCCCCUUUUCCUCCUCCUUGUGGUCACCACAGUUGCAUGUUGGGUUUGGAUCUGUAGAAGGAGAACACGGGAGCAGCCAUGCCGUAGCACAAAGGAGCAACACACUAUCUGGCCAUCUCCCCACCAAGGAAAUAGCCCAGAUCUGGAGGUUUAUAAUGUCAUAAGAAAACAAAGUGAAGCUGACUUAGCUGAGACCCGGCCAGACCUGAAGAAUAUUUCAUUCCGCGUGUGUUCAGGAGAAGCCAUUCCUGACAACAUGUCUUGUGACUACGACAACAUGGCUGUGAACCCAUCUGAAAGUGGGUUUGUGACCCUGGCGAGCACAGAGAGUGGAUUUGUCACCAAUGACAUUUACGAGUUCUCCCCAGACGUAAUGGGAAGGAGCAGGGAGUCUGGAUGGGUGGAAAAUGAAAUAUAUGGUUAAUAGAAUGCAUGAAAAAAAAAUUGAACAAGAAUGGGAAAGAAAAAAAGAAACAGAAUUCUAUUUUCUACAAAGGAAAAGCUCAGAAGCUCUACAAAAAUGCUUAGCUUGGUGAAACUCUCAGAUAAGGCCUUGGGAGUGAGCAUGUGAUCCCCACUGGCAUGUGAUCCCAAAGUUUUGACGGCCCCUUAUUCCAGCCUCUCACCCAGCUCGACCUUAUAAGAAAGCACCUUGCUCAGGGUCUGGCACGCAGUAGACUAUCAAUAAAUGUUGAUUGUAUUGAUUA